AUGGAGACAGGUGCCGAUCAGCGGGCGGAGCGCAUGAAGCAGCAGGCGGUCAAGCAAACUAUUGAAGAGGCAGCUAAUCAAAAGGUGCUGCAGCACUAUGCGAAGACAGUGCACUUUAAUGACGAUUGGGUGUCGCUCCUGAGCAAGAUGUCGGGCCUCGUGGGGCUCAUGAGCUACUUGGAGGUGCAGCGCAUGCGGGAGAGCUCAGGGGGUGUCACCUUCACCGCUGGUUUUGAGGUGUUGACCGUAGUUAUCGGAGUCAGUACUUUGCUGUUCAUCCAGCGAUGGGUCCACCCGCUGCUAGCUUUCAAAGUAGCGUUUGUCUUGUCGCUACUUCAGGGCUUCUGGUUUGCCACGAGUUACUCGUCGCGGAUGAUGGACCUGCCGCGUCUCGCGGGCGACUUGUCGAGUGGACAGUUUCCCUUUGGUCUUAUCUACUUUAUCGUGUGCUGGGCCUCAGACCGCUAUAUGAUGCGGUCUCAGGACAUUGCCAAGCAGACUGCUGACGACCUUCGCGCUGUGCUCAAGAGCAAAGACGCCUAA